CGUCUGCUAGCGUCUAGAUUCAAGGCUAAGUCAUUUACUCAUUUUCCCUUUUGUCAUCACAUGGCGCAGUUGGUUGGCAACAUAAUGGAAGACUCAGACUGGUACAUUGAACGCCUGGGUAAUCAAAUAUCCACCAUUCAUUUAAAUAUCCUGUUGGGAACUAGAGAGAAACUGACAAUUGGGCGGGAAGCAGGAGACGAUAUCGACAUUGUAUGCAAUGGUAAAUUUGUGUCAAGAGAACACUGUGUAUUGAAAUACAUAGACAAGAGUUGGAGCAUUGAAGACUUAAAGAGCACAAACGGUGUUUAUCACGGGAUUGGUAAACACCAAAAGAGAAUUCCUGCUAACACAAGAACCAUUCUUCGAGAAGGAGAUGUAUUUAGUUUAGGAGCAAUGGAAGCAACAGAGCAAGAUGCAUUUGUUUUUAUUGUAUUGAAAAAUUCUGAAGAUGAUAAGGUGUGUUUGAAUUAUGGUGACCAUGCAGUUGCUGAAGCACCUUGUGUUUCUGCAGCACAAAGUCUGUGUGAUCCGUUGGAGGAAUCACUAAUUAUGACUACCUCUGACAAGUAUUCAACAGCUUCAAACUCACAACAGUUGAAUUCUUCUGAACAUUUUAAGCAAACAGGAAAAAUAAACCUUCAAACUAAACCCAGAAUUUUGCAUUCUCUGGCGAUUCCUGGUGGGCCUUCCAGGAGAGAAACAGAUAGCCAGUCAACUGAAAAAGCCAAUCACCAUGAAAAAUUGCAAUCGAAACACACUACACAAAGAAAUCCUGUAGCACAGAGCAAUCAAAUGACCGACCAGAAGAGAAAAUACUGUAUUGACUCGUUUCGCGAUGACUUGAGUAAAAAGUCCAGGUGUGACAGUAGUGUUGAUUCUGUCAACGAAGCAAAUAAGAAGGAAAAAGAUAGACCUCCCUCCGUGACGCAUUCCUUCAAGAAACCCCUGGUGCGAGAUAAUGUUGAAACUAGUCCUCUUCUCGUCCCUGAAAACCCAAAACUAAACUCUCUUCCAGAUAAAACUUCUUACCGUCCAGUGGAUAGGGAAGCAUUAAUGAAUGACAUACUGCACAUAAUAUGCAACUGGAGAUAUGACUGGAUUGAGAAUGAAAAGGAGACCGAGAAUAAGCAUAAGCUGCCUCCGUUGCUCGAUUCACUACGACGAGAGAAUUCCUGUAUUCGUCCAGAACUUUCGCUGCUGCCUGUUCAAUCUUCUUAUGCUAGUGUAGAAAGUUAUAGUAGUACUUUCACCCCGCUCAUGCUUGAAGAGUUGUGGGCUAGCAUUUGCAACGAUGUAGAAACAAGAGAACCUGAAGUUUUUACUACAUUGAUUCACCCAAAACCUGAGUUUUGCGAUGGUUUCGCUCUUCUUCGAUGUGAAACUUUGUCACGAAUUAUGAUAUCCAAUAUGGACCUCGUUGCCUUGGAUGUCCAUAUUUCACCUCAAGAACCCCCUGUGAAGAUCUUUGCUGUUGCUGAAAGGUUGGAUAUCAAACACUAUUGGAAGUCAGAUCAAAUUGAUUCGCGCCUGUUAGAAAUCCCUCAAUGCUUAAAUUUUCCCUUAAAAUCGUUCUUUCUACGGAUGGAAAUGUCUCGUGUCCCCCGAAAUCUGGACAAAUUCUUUACUGUUACUACAGUAUCACGACUUAACACCGUAGUAAAACAAUUCAUUCUCAACGCCGAGUUAGCUCGUUCCCCUCUAUGUGAAGUAAUUCUUCGGCCAAGUGAUUGUGAGGAUGCAUUUCAGUUGGACGCAGUGGAUCUUGAGAGUCAAGCAGUUUUGAAUCCUGUUCAACAUGAAGUUGUUGAGUCUUUUUCACGAACAGUAGUAUUCGCAUCAGAAAAUCAACCCAGAGUUGCCCUCUUACAUGGACCUCCAGGUACUGGAAAAACCCGUGUGAUUGUAGAAUUGAUCUCACGCAUGAUAUCUCUGUAUCACGAAAAAACAGACAGACGCCCAGGGCAGACCACGACAGACAUUCCACGGAUACUAGUCUGUGCCCCAUCAAACAACGCAAUAGACGAGAUAGCGAAUCGCCUUCUAAUUGCACGUGAUUCGAAAAUAGGAUAUGACAUUAUACGGAUCGGUGUUAAAGCGUCUAUGCAUCCGGACGUUCAAAACAUUUCUCUUGACAAACUUACAGAAAAUAUACAACGUGCUGAUGCUGCUACAAGAAUUUCCCCAGAAAGUGGCAAACUUCAAACUUUGUGUGAAGAAUUGAAAAGUCUUCGACAAGAAAUGAAUAAUUUGAUCACUUUACUUCGUACUCCUUCCAAGAUGGGACUUUUGGAUGAAGCCGAGAAGGAAAUGCAUGGUAGUAGGUUAGAGCAGAUAAACGAUCAAAUUGAAGUAGUGAAUAGGUCUUACGAUGAAAGCCUAGAGACCCACUUCCAAUAUUUCAAUUCCAAAAAAGAGCGUCCUGGAAUUAGAAAACAUUUGCUGUCUCAUGCUCAAAUUAUAUGCUCUACUUUAAACUCCUGUCGGAGUAGAGAAAUGGAGGAGCUUUUUUUGGAGCACCAAGGAAGUUCUCCAUUCCUCUGUUGCAUUCUUGAUGAAGCGUCCCAAUGCACCGAGCCGGAGUCCAUAACGCCACUUGCUUUUGGCAUAACUAAGCUAAUCUUGAUUGGGGAUCCAAAGCAAUUGCCAGCAACUGUUCUUUCCAAGGUUGCCCAAAAGAAAGGAUUUGCACAGUCCCUUUUUAAUCGCUUUUAUUCAGUACGUGAUGAAAAUAAGGAUGGUGUGAUUAUGUUGACGACGCAGUACCGAAUGGUUUCAUCCAUAUGCGAGUGGCCUUCGAGGUAUUUCUACGCUGGAAAAUUAGAAACUGAUGAGAGUCUUAUAAGGAACGGACCCUGUCACGAGUAUAGAGUGCUAAACGUUGUUGAUGGGCAAGAACUUCGUGAGGAACAAAGCUUUAGAAACCAGCAAGAGGCCGCUGUGGUGGCCAGAAUUGUAAGGUUGUUCCUGGACUCUCCUUUAAACCGUUGGAAAUCAAUUGGCGUUAUCACUUUCUAUAAAAGUCAGAAAUUAUGCAUCAUAGAACAACUAAAAAAAGUGGGCAUCAAAUCAAAUUGCAGCGCAUCAACAGUAGAUGUGAACACCGUCGACAGUUUCCAAGGGAGAGAGAAAGAUAUAAUCGUCAUUUCAUGCGUCAGAGCAUCAUCACAGGCAGAAGAAAAUCUCGUCGGAAGUAUCGGGUUCAUCACCUCGUUAUCAAGAAUUAACGUCUCCGUAACCCGUGCCAAGGAAAUGCUUGUAAUUUGUGGGCAUUUUCUAACGUUGCAAAGGGAUGGGACCUGGCGUGAUUUGAUCAGCGAUGCUAGUAGUCGAAAUGUUGCCCACGAUGUUAGCAGGCAUUCUUCGUGUGAAGACUUACGUUCUGUACUCAUGCGUGCACCAGCCAAUGAGUCUACUAUUGUUAAUCAAGUCGUUCAUCAGCAAAUGGUGGCAUCCUUCGCUGAACAAUCUGGAAUGGACUCAAAUUGGUCAUUCAAAUGUUUGGAAGACUGUGGGUGGGAUUACUAUCGUGCUGCAUAUGUUUUCACUGAGCUUAAAGGAACCUUCAAGAUUCCACUAGCAGCGUUCAUCGAACCCAAGCAACAGCAACAAGAAAUGGUGGCAUCCUUCUCUGAAAAAUCUGGAAUAGACUCACGAUGGUCAUUCAAAUUUUUGGAAGACUGUGGGUGGGAUUACUAUCGUGCUGCACAUGUUUUCACUGAGCUUAAAGGAACCUUCAAGAUUCCACUAGCAGCGUUCAUCGCACCCGAGCAACAGCAACAAGAAAUGGUGGCAUCCUUCUCUGAAAAAUCUGGAAUAGACUCGAGAUGGUCAUUCAAAUUUUUGGAAGACUGUGGGUGGGAUUACGAUCGUGCUGCAUAUGUUUUCACUGAGCUUAAAGGAACCUUCAAGAUUCCACUAGCAGCGUUCAUCGAACCCGAGCAACAGCAACAAGAAAUGGUGGCAUCCUUCUCUGAAAAAUCUGGGAUGGACUCAAAUUGGUCAUUGAACUGUUUGAAGGACAACGGGUGGGUUUACGAUAGUGCCGCCUAUCGUUUCAAUUUGCUCCAAAGAACUUUCAAGAUCCCACUAGCAGCGUUCAUCGAACCCGAGCAACAGCAACAACAAAUGAUAGCAUCUUUUUCUGAACAAUCUCGAAUGGACUCAAGAUGGUCAUUCAAAUGUUUGGAAGACUGUGGGUGGGAUUACGAUCUUGCUGCAUAUGUUUUCAUUGAGCUCAAAGCUGCUGGGGAGAUUCCGCCAGAAGCGUUCGUCAAAUAGCUACUCGGUAUGUCGGUGAUAUUUCUCUUGAAUAUUCUUUUAAUUCUGCACUUUGUAAGUUGAAAAAUUCAUUCUUAAUAAUUUAUAUUUCGGAAGUAAUUUCCCAGUCGUUCAUAACCAUCAAUUCUAGAAUUGAUGUAUCUUCAUCUACAAACAGUUCCCUGUUACAAAUUAAACCAGAAUACAAGACCUCUGUUUUAAAUCUUAAAAGAAUAUCUAGUUUUUUUGAGAUUGC